AUGAGCCGCUGGUGCCAGGCCAUCCGGGAGGAAGCGGAGACGCACAGCGUGCAGCAGGAGGAGGAAGCCAGAGGCCUGCGGGAGCAGCUCGAGAUGCGCCGGGCAGAGACUGUGGCUGCGCGGGGAGUGGCCGAGCAGGCCCUCAGGGAGCGGGACCAGACUCGGGCUCAGCUCCAGACCCACGUGUCAGACCUGGAGGCCACGUGUGAGGAAAUCUUCCAUGGCAGCCUGGACCGGCUCCUGGCUGAGCUGAGAGCCCUUGAGCCUCCGUGGGACGGCAUGGGGCUGAGACUCCACGCCAGGCACCGGGAGCAGCUCUGGAAGCUUGGACUCAACCCCCUGGACCUGUGA